AUGUCGACACUCAACUCGCCCCGCCUGGCCGAUGUGCCGAUUCUUCACGCCCAUGCUACAGGGGCAGAGUACUCGAGAUGGCGGAGAGGGAUCAAGUUCGCUUGCGAGACCAAGGGGACGUGGGGCUUCUGCGAUGGUUCGCACCCAAUGCCCAUGCCGAGAACUGGAUCAAACCCGUCUUCUCCAAGGGCAUCGAACACAUCGCAACCGUGCCUGCUUGAUGAGCGCAAAGCGUGGGUUCGACAGGAUCGUGAAGUCAAAUUGGACAUAUUCCUCUCAAUAUCUGAGGAAGCCAUGGAAGAAGUACUCCACGCCGGCCCUCCACUUCCACCAUCAAACAUGAACGCUCAGCAGAUGCUCGCAGCGCUGGACAGGCGAUUCAAAACCUUCAAGUUUGAGGAUUACCAUCAUGCUUUCUGCCAUUUCCUCAACCUGCACAUGGACGCGUUUGCCAGCCUCGAGGAGUUCAAGGCCGAGUUCAGAACAACAUUGGAAGACUUACAUGACUACGGCCAACCAAUUUCCAACACACAAGCGUGUAGUGCGUACUUUUCAAAGCUCCGAUGCACGCAAAACCCGUGGGUAGUGAAGAAACUCAAGGAAUGGGAUACCCAAGCAUCGGCACCAAGGCUCGAGGACUUUAUGAAAGAGUCGAUACCCUGG